AUGUCAUCUGGAGUUCUAGUCAAUGCGGAGUGUCAAACUGUAUUUCAGCAACUUUCGGAAGGAAAGCACCACAAAUUACGCUACAUUAUAUACAAAAUUGAAGAUAAAGAAGUUGUAGUAGAAACAACGGUAUCACCAAAUGAACUCGGUGUGACAGAUGACGAUCAUGAUGAGAAUUCAAAGACAGCGUAUGAAGCGUUUGUAAAAGAUUUGAGAGAACGAACGAAUGGUUUUACUGAUUGUCGUUACGCUGUUUUUGAUUUUAAAUUUUCUUGCAACAGACCUGGUGCAGGCACAUCUAAAAUGGAUAAAAUUGUUUUCAUACAGCUGUGUCCUGACGGCGCACCGAUUAAGAAAAAGAUGGUUUACGCUUCAUCUGCUUCAGCAAUCAAAUCUUCAUUAGGCACUGCCAAAAUUUUGCAGUUUCAGGUAUCAGAUGAUUCUGAAAUCGCUCACAAGGAGCUUUUGUCAAAACUGAGCGAAAAAUAUCGUGAUAACUGA